AGAGAAGAUGAGUGUGUAACAGCAAAUACAGGUCUGUUAAGAAUAGUUGGCAAAUGUGUCAGUGAAAAAGAAAGAGUAUUAUUAUGUGAAAGAAAUAAGCAAGCAAGCAAAGGCAGGGCAAGCUUGGCCUUGAAGAGAAGAACCUCUCCCAUCUUCACUGAGAAAGGCAAUUAAAAAAUCAAAUCUUGAAGCAUAUUAUAUUUGGAAGACCAGAAAAGAAGAUAAAAAUUACAAGGAGUAAAGGUGUGGGAGGAAAAAGAGAUUAGGUUCUGUAAUAAUUCAGGAACAAAGAGCAGUUGGCAGUAGUUAGUAUGUCUUUUAAAAUCAUACAUGUCACCUGUUAGCUUGGGCAGGUAAGCAAAGGCUCUCUCUCUCUUUAUUUACUCUCUGUGUGGGUUUCUCUUUCUUAGGUUUAUAGGCCUCUACAUUGUCUGUGAUCUAUAAAGGUCCCAAUUUUAUGCUCUUUUUGCUGUUUGUGCAAGUACCCAACUGGUGAAUUUUGGGUUCUUUCCUUGGGCGAAUUUAAGCAAAGCAAUUGAUGCUCUGGGAGGUACUAUUAAACCUAUUAAGGGUGCUGUGAUUGAAAUCUGUUCCACUUCAGUUCUUUGCAUAAUUCUAGUUGAAUUGGAUGCUAUUUGUUCCGUUUUUGGGCAACCCAUCAGAGAAUAUCUUAAAAGGGUAUCUGCAACUUUCCCUUUCUUACUUCUUGGGGUUUGUUGGUUCUUGAUUCAAAACUUGAACAACUGGGCAAUUCCUCAAUUGGAGCUCUCUAGACACCAAUUUCCAUACCACAUUCCAAUCUUGGGGUCAUCCUUUCUGGUUGGUUUAUAGUUGAAUUUCCAAUCAUUUUUGUAAUUGAUAAAAUCUUAGUUCAUGUUUAAGCAAAAGCGAAAAAGGGAAUCUGCUUUAUUUUGAUUGGAUUGGUGAGCUGUUUCUUAGCUAAUGCUGGUGUUUGUCUAUGCCUACUUUAUGCUUUGAAAGGUUCACUUUGUUGUCUGUUGGAAGCAUUUUCCUUUUAUUCAUUACAUUAUAGCAGACUUGAUCCUAGGGUUUUUGAAGAAUUGUUUAGUAGCUUCUUCUGUUUAGAUUCUAUGUCUUAUAUUCUGGAUUUCUCCUUUCAUUUACAGAGUUGGAUGCUGCAAUGAGAGGUCUCUUUUACUUUUACUGCCACUGAGUUCUAUAAAGCUGCCAAGGUUUAUUGUUCCUUGUUGAGUCCUGCAAGGCAUCACCAGCUAAUUUUGGUCAAACCCACUUUUACUUUGCUUCUAUGUAUAUUUUCAGUUAAACAUCUGCUUUUAGUCCUUAUCUUGAUUACCUGUUAAGUUGAGGUUUUCAUCUAGGUUCUAUAUAGAGUUGGGUUGUGUAGAUUUUGACCAUUUGGCUUUAAAAUCUAGAACAUGAGUGGUGGGGAUAAUGAUGAUAUGGGGUUCCAAUCUAGAGGAGAGAGUGCGCUGAACUGUCCCUCAUCAGGGAUAAACACAAAUCCAAUUAGCUCAAUGUCCAUGUAUAAGCCUUCAAAUGAAGCAGACCCUUUCUAUUGUUCUAGUUGGGAUCCAAUUGUUCCAAUGAGUCAGCCUGAGAAUUUUGCAGGUGCAUCAAUGGUUUCACAUGGUGCAUUUGCAAAUUCUAUUUAUCCUGUUGUAAUGGGAAAUCAGGGAAUUAGUGGUCCUUCGCACCUUGUUCAUUAUGCACCCGAUUCGAGUUAUAGUGAGCUGGUGCCAAAGCUUCCAUCCUUUGGUAGUGGGGGUUUUUCAGAUAUGGUUAGUUCCUUUGCAUUUCCUGACUGUAGCCAGAUUACUACUACCGGGUGCCCUCCAAAUUAUGCUGCACAACACCAGGUCAGAGAUGAAGCGACUUUGACAAUUGGUGAACAAUCUCAGGAGGACCGCCAAAUGUCAGAUGGAGCUCUUGAAGCUUCACCAGUUGGACGGAGGAGAAAACGAGCUCCCGAGUCUACUUCUCCAUUUGAUCCAAAUAAGCAGAAUAUUGAAGGAGAGCGACAAAAAGCUUCCUCUGCGGAGAGCUCUGAUGUUCAAAAGGAACAGGAUGAAAAGAAACCAAAGUUUGAAAGGCACACAGGCACAAAUUCACAUGGUAAACAAGCUUCUAAACAAGCUAAAGAAAAUUCUAAUAGUGGAGAAGCCCCUAAAGAUGAUUACAUUCAUGUGAGAGCCAGAAGGGGUCAGGCUACAAACAGUCAUAGUCUUGCUGAAAGGGUGAGAAGAGAAAAGAUUAGUGAGCGGAUGAGAUUGCUUCAAGAACUUGUUCCAGGAUGCAAUAAGAUUACUGGGAAGGCAGUAAUGCUUGAUGAGAUUAUCAACUAUGUGCAAUCACUGCAGCAGCAAGUUGAGUUUCUGUCGAUGAAGCUUGCCACUGUCAAUUCAGAACUGAACAUUGAUAUAGAGAGGAUUCUAUCCAAAGAUAUUCUUCAAGCACGAGGAGGUAAUACGUCUCUUCUGGGCUUUGGUUCUGGGAUGAACUCUACUCAUCCUUACCAACACGGACUUUUGCAAGUAACCACACCUGUUAUCCCCAGUACAAAUCCUCAAUUUGCAUCCUUGCCUCCUACUGGUAUGGACAAUGAUCUCCAUAAUUUCUUUCACAUGGGAUAUGACUCAAGUUCUGCUAUUGGCAAUUUGGGACCAAACGGACGGUUGAAAUCAGAGCUCUGAGGUCUUCAGGAAACAAAAGCGAAUUUUUUCUGCUGACAGCGAUUUGAAGUUGACUGCAAGCUGAACACAUUUAGAAAGGGAAAAGAGAGAAAUGUUCUUCAGUUGUGUUGUAUAGGGUUCUCAGAGGCUAACUGUUCUUCGAAGUUUUAGCAGAAGAAGUUGACAUUUUAAAGAGUUACAAACAAUGUAUAUUCAGAUUUAAGACAACAACUAAGUGGGGACUUUGAUUGGAGACAAUGAUUGUAAAAUUCUUUUUGUCAAAAUUCCAUUUGAUUGCUGUAGAGUAAGGCAAGUGUGUGAAGAUUUGUGAUAAGGGUUUUAUAGAAACUGUUAAAAGUAGUUUUCUUGUA